GUUCCCCUGUCCAUUCCAGGGCCAUGUACAGCCUAUGCUGAAGCUCGCCGAGCUUCUUGCCCUUCACCAUCUCCACGUCACCUUCAUCAACACUCACAGUAUCCACAACCGUCUAACUCGUUAUGGUGACAUUCAAUCUCUCUCAGCCUCCUACCCCACCCUCCAUUUCAACACCAUUGCCGAUUGCUACAGCCAUGGCAAUCACACUGGAUCCGGAGACACUUCUGGCGACAUAAUACUUUCCACAACUCUGCACGCCAAGCCCCUAUUGAGAAAUAUCCUGCUCGCCCAGAGUCCUGAAAUUCCCAAAGUUACUUGCAUUAUUCAGGAUGGCAUCCUGGGAAGCCUUUCCAAUGACUUGGCUUCUGAGUUAGGGAUAAGGAUAACAAUCAUUCAUUUUCGAACCAGCAGUCCCUGUUGCUUCUGGCCUUAUUUCUGGCUUCCAAACCUCUUCAAAACCAACGAACUUCCCAUUCGAGGAGAUGAAGACAUGGAUCGCAUCAUAACCAAUAUGCCAGGCAUGGAAAACUUGCUUCGUUGUAGAGAUCUCCCUAGUUUCUGCAGACCAGGGGCAAAAGGGAACAUGUCUAUUGACUGGGUUUCGUUUCAGACCCAACAAUCACUUGCAGCAGACGCGUUGAUACUCAACACUUUUGAGGAGUUGGAUCGCCUUGUCCUCUCUCAGAUACGUCUUCACUUUCCCAAAGUCUACACCCUUGGCCCUCUCCACCACCAUUUGAACGUGAGAAAAGCAGAAACCAAUGGAGCAAAUGAUGCUCCUUCCUUUCGGAGUAGUUUUUUUGAAGUGGACAGGAGCUGCAUGGCGUGGCUUGACGCUCAGGCUCAGGGUUCGGUGUUAUAUGUGAGUUUCGGUACUUCAACGAUUGUGACAAGGGAGGAACUGAUGGAGUUUUGGCAUGGUUUGGUGAACAGCAAGAAACGGUUCUUGUGGGUGAUGCGGCCUGAUUUGGUGGUGGGAAGAGAGAACGAUGACCGGAUACCGGAAGAGGUGGAGGAAGGGACUAAAGAGAGAGGGUUGAUGGUGGAGUGGGCGCCGCAAGAGGAGGUGCUAGCCCACAAGGCCAUUGGUGGGUUUUUGACACACAGUGGGUGGAACUCAACCUUGGAGAGUUUGGUGGCUGGUGUGCCCAUGAUUUGUUGGCCUUAUUUUGCGGAUCAGCAGGUUAACAGCAGGUUUGUGAGUGAGGUUUGGAAGGUUGGAUUGGACAUGAAAGAUGUUUGUGACAGAGAUGUUGUGGAGAAGAUGGUAAAUGAUCUGAUGGUUCAUAGGAGGGAUGAGUUUUUGAAAUCAGCUCAAGCGAUGGCUAUGUUGGCUCACCAGAGUGUGAGUCCAGGUGGUUCUUCUCACUCCAGCAUGCAAGAUUUGAUUCAUUACAUAAAAUCAGUCAGUAAGGAAAAUAACUAAUACCAGCAACGCACAAUUGCAUAUUCAUCAUAUUUUCUUUUGUGUUACUUAAUCUGUCAUAUCUAGUUAUGUUUCAGUGCACCUUCAUUACAAGAACCAAUUGCAAAUGCAGUAUUUAGGUAGAAGUUUAUGUGCUGGAAACUGUUGAUUAAACAAAACUGCUUGUUUCAAAUAAGAUGUAUUCACUUCUUCAUCUUUAAACAAGCAAACCUGUUUGGUAGAA